AUGGCUGAGACACACCACUUCGACGUGAACCGCCUAUUCGGCGUGAAGGGCUAUGUCGCGGUCGUAACAGGUGGCGGCACAGGCAUUGGCCUCAUGGCAGCACAAGCCCUCUCAGCCAACGGCGCCAAAGUCUACAUCACCGGUCGCCGAACAGACGCCCUCGAGAAAGCCGCCAGCGAACACACACCCGACCAAGAGCACACAGGCGGCCAGAUCAUCCCGCUCGGCCCAUGCGAUGUCACAAAGAAGGAGGACCUACAAAAAGUAGUCGACGAGCUCAGCAAGAAAGAGAAGUACAUCAACCUGCUAGUCUGCAACGCAGGCAUUCCAGGCCCCAAGGGCGGAGGCGGCGAGGAGGAUGCCAAGGAUCUGAAGAAGAAGUUAUGGGAGAACGAAUCGGUAGAGGACUGGCAAACGACGAUGGAGACAGAUGUCACAUCCGUCUACUUCACCACCGUCGCCUUCCUCCCCCUCCUCCAAUCCGCCCUCGGCUCCCAAGGCGCCUCAAACGACACCGGCCCCGCCGGCGUCCACGAAGACUUCGCUCCCAGCGUCAUCACCAUCUCCUCCAUGUCCGGCCUAAUGCGGCACGCCCAGGGCCACUUCGCCUACAACGCCGCCAAAGGCGCGACAGUCCACCUCACAAAGCUUAUGUCGAGUGAGUUCCAAGAGGCCAAGAUUCGAGUAAACAGCAUUGCGCCGGGCUACUUUCCGUCAGAAAUGACUGCGAAGGAAAGUGAUGAGAGGAAUAAGAGCGGCUUUCCGGAGGGCAAGAUUGAGCAGACGGGUCAUGUGCCCCUGAUGAGGGCGGGGAGGGAUGAGGAGAUUGGGAUGACGGUGUUGUUUUUGGCGAAGAAUUGUUAUGUUAAUGGGCAGAUUCUUGCGGUGGAUGGAGGGGUGCUGAAUGUGGUUGCUGGCUGA